UGCCUCGCAGGCGAGAGUGCUACCAGCUGAGCAAGGCUGAUAUUGACAAAUCCGGUUAGAAUUCCCAUCGAGACACAGGAAUGCGGGCUCGGAGAUCGAUGGGACCGCAGUAGGGAAAGAGUGAGUUUUAAUUCCAUCCUUGGGCUCGGAAAAGAGGAGGGAGAGAGAGAGAGAGAGAGAGACAACAGCAGCUGACUGCCUGGUGAAUGGGAAAUGUCGAGGAGCCUCGGUGCCACAAUGAGCAAUGGCGCAGCUUUACUACAAAAAGGUCAACUACUCGCCCUACAUAGACCGUAUCCCGCUACAGAUUGUGCGGGCGGAGAACGAGCUGUCUCUGGAGGAGAAAGCUUACCUGAAUGCGGUGGAGAAAGGCGACUACGCCAGUGUCAAGCAGGGCCUGGAGGAGGCCGAGAUCUACUUCAACAUCAACAUCAACUGCACGGACCCUCUGGGCCGCAGUGCCCUCCUCAUCGCCAUCGAGAACGAGAACCUGGAGAUCAUGGAGCUGCUCCUCAGCUUCAGCGUGUACGUGGGCGAUGCACUGCUCUACGCUAUACGCAAGGAGGUGGUCGGGGCCGUGGAGCUGCUGUUGCGUUAUAGAAAGCCCAGCGGGGAAAAGCAGGUCCCUCCUUUACUGAUGGAUGCCCAGUUCUCGGAAUUCACUCCCGACAUCACGCCCAUCAUGCUCGCUGCCCACACCAACAACUACGAGAUUAUCAAGCUUCUGGUCCAGAGGGGGGUCUCCAUCCCUCGUCCCCACCAGGUGAGGUGCAACUGCGUGGAGUGUGUGUCCAGCUCGGAGGUGGACAGCCUCAGGCACUCACGCUCACGGCUGAACAUCUACCGGGCCCUGGCCAGCCCCUCGUUGAUCGCCUUGUCCAGUGAGGACCCCAUCCUCACCGCCUUUCAGCUGGGCUGGGAGCUGAAGGAGCUGAGCAAGGUGGAGAACGAGUUCAAGGCUGAGUACGAGGAGCUGUCCCAGCAGUGCAAGCGCUUUGCUAAAGAUCUGCUGGACCAGGCUCGCAGCUCCAGGGAACUGGAGAUCAUACUGAACCACAGAGAUGACCAAAGUGAUGAGUUGGACCUGCAGAAAUGCCACGAUCUCGCCAAACUGAAGCUGGCUAUCAAGUACCACCAGAAGGAGUUCGUGGCUCAGCCCAAUUGCCAGCAGCUGUUGGCCACCCUGUGGUACGAUGGGUUCCCAGGCUGGCGUCGCCGACACUGGGCUGUCAAGCUCCUCACCAGCUUCACCAUCGGCUUCCUGUUUCCGGUGCUUUCCACCGUGUACCUGGUGGUGCCGAAGAGCCGGCUGGGACUGUUCAUCAAGAAACCCUUCAUCAAAUUCAUCUGCCACACCGGCUCCUACCUGACCUUCCUCUUCCUCCUACUGUUGGCGUCUCAGCACAUCGCCAAGACGGACCUCCACAUGCAGGGCCCUCCCCCAACCAUUGUGGAGUGGUUGAUACUGCCGUGGGUUUUAGGUUUCAUUUGGGCCGAGAUCAAAGAGAUGUGGGAUGGCGGGUUCAACGAGUACAUCCACGACUGGUGGAAUCUCAUGGACUUUGCGAUGAACUCCUUGUAUCUGGCCACCAUCUCGCUCAAGAUUGUUGCUUACGUGAAGUAUAAUGGCUCCCGGCCACGGCAGGAGUGGGAGAUGUGGCACCCCACACUGAUUGCAGAAGCCUUCUUUGCGAUCGCCAACAUCUUCAGCUCUCUGCGCCUGAUCUCCCUGUUCACCGCCAACUCCCACCUGGGGCCGCUGCAGAUCUCCCUGGGCCGCAUGUUGCUGGACAUCCUCAAGUUCCUCUUCAUCUACUGCCUGGUGCUGCUGGCCUUUGCCAACGGACUCAACCAGCUGUACUUCUACUACGAGACCAGCGCUUCUGAAGAGCCGAAUAACUGCAAAGGCAUCCGGUGUGAGAAGCAGAACAACGCCUUCUCCACGCUGUUCGAGACCCUGCAGUCGCUCUUCUGGUCAAUCUUCGGGCUGUUGAACUUGUACGUGACUAACGUGAAGGCUCGGCACGAGUUCACAGAGUUUGUUGGGGCCACGAUGUUCGGGACUUACAACAUCAUCUCUCUGGUCGUCCUCCUCAACAUGCUGAUCGCCAUGAUGAACAACUCCUACAAGCUCAUUGCGGACCAUGCGGACAUUGAGUGGAAGUUUGCGCGGACGAAGCUGUGGAUGAGUUAUUUCGAUGAAGGAGCCACACUGCCGCCUCCGUUCAACAUCAUCCCCAGCCCCAAGUGCAUCUGGUACCUGGUCAAGUGGCUCCACGCUCAGGCCUGCCCCAAGAGGUGCUCCGAGGACGAGCAGAAGAAGCACGAGAACCUCCGAGAGUUCACAGAACGGCAUGCAGAUGACUUGAUCCAGAACCAACAUUACCAGGAGGUUAUUAAAAAUCUAGUCAAAAGAUACGUGGCAGCGAUGAUCAGAAGUGCCAAAACCGAUGAAGGGCUGACAGAAGAAAAUUUUAAGGAGCUGAAACAGGACAUUUCCAGUUUCCGCUAUGAGGUUCUGGACCUCUUGGGGAACAGAAAGUCCUCUCGCAGGACCUACUCGACUAGCAGUGAUGGGGUGCAGAUGGGGGAUAUGGAGGAGGGCGGAGCAGAGGAGAACAAGAUCGUGUCCUUCAGCCUGGCAGGAGAGGCCAGCGACAAGAGGCUGAAGAUGAACUCGUUCAGAGUUUCGGCCCUCAUCAAGUCGGUAUCGGGCAUCGCGCUCAGCGAGGACAGCUCCAAAAAUAACGGGCUGAGCAAGCAGUCGGCGGCAGUGAGGAACGGCAACUGCUUUCAGGGCAACAAGAAGGACUCGUUCAAGAGGUUGGGGCUGCUGUUCAGCAGGAUGAACGGGCAGCUGGCCGAGCCCAGCCCCGAGCCCGUGGCCACCGUCUCUGACGGUUUGGUGCAGGCACACGGCAUGUGGCAAGACUUCAAGUACUCGCAGAUCUCUAGCCCAGGCGAUGUGACCAGGAGUGAGGGCAGCCUGGACGCCGUGGGGCUCGUGCCUCAGGUCAUCAGAAAGAACGGAAUCGAUAGCCAUUGCCCUGCCAACCGUAGUGACUCCUUCCACUGUUCUUCCAAUAACUGUGCCUCCAACAACAAACUGAUCGACUCAGCCGAUGAUGUGUACAACUCGUGGGGCGAAGCCUGUGACCUGCUCAUGACCAGCUGGAAGGCUGGGCAGGAGGACUAUGUGACCACCCAGUUGUAACACACGCUCGUGUUCUCCCACCCACGCCCCCGGGUAUCAUUCCUGCUGUGGGAAACCUGGGACUGUUACCUAUAAGCAAUUAUUUUUAAAAACUUCCGUUAAACAUUUAAGUGUCACAGCUGAUGCACAAGCACGUGCUUCCUGUAGAUUAAAGGCCAAAAAACCCUUUGGUGUCGGGUGAAUCCGUAACUGAAGGACAUCAAUAAUAAUAAUAAUACAAUGAACAACUCCUACCAGCUCAUCG